AUAGGAAGCUAUACCGAAUUUCAUCGAUAAAUUUCAAAUUUCGUCUAAAAAUAUGUAAUCGUUCAAGAGUUAUAACUUUUUGAAUUUUUGCCACAUGUGGAAACAAUUUUUUCCAAAUUUCAAAACAUCAUAACUCUUGAACGGUUGGACAUUUUUCGACGAAAUUUAAAAUCUGUCGAUGAAAUUCGGUAUAGCUUCCUAUGAAAUUCUAAAAUCCAAGAUAAUACUAACAGUAAAAAAUCCUGGGAGGGGGGAUCAGGAAAAUGCUAAUUUUUUUCGCAAACUCCGAGUGCAAAUUUUUUUUGAUAAAAUUCCAUCAUUUGGAUCCCAUGCUCAAAAGUCAAGAUUCAGCAUACUGAAAAAUCCUGGAUACGUCACUGAACACCACGUUAAGUUCGUAUCAUAUCGUCGGUAUUUAUCAGUACCGCGAUAUAUUGACGGUAGUAUAAACAUACGUCAGUAAUGUAAAAAUGAUCGAACAUAUUAUAUAAUAGUCUUUUCAAAAUAUAUAAUUAUUUUCAUUUAUAGAAAAGAAGAAGAUGAUGAUGAUGGUGAAAAAGUAUCUAAUGAAAAACGUUCAUGGGAAGAAGAAAAUGAUCAAAUAGAUACAAAUAUAAAACGUACUCGAACGGAAUUAUUAACUGAAACUGGUUCAGGAGGUUUUUUUGAAAAUGUUCCACGAAUGCAAAUUCAUACUGUUGAAACAAUUGAAUCAUGUUUACAUGAAGUUGUUUUACCACCAAAUUUCGAAUACGUUCCAUUAAAAGCGCCUAUUGGUCCACCAGCUAAAGAAUAUAAAUUUAAUCUUGAUCCAUUUCAACGUGAAGCUAUAACAUGUUUACAAAAUAAUCAAUCAGUACUUGUUUCAGCUCAUACAUCAGCUGGAAAAACCGUUGUAGCUGAAUAUGCUGUUGCUAUGGCAUUACGUGAUAAACAACGUGUUAUUUAUACAACACCCAUAAAAGCAUUAAAUGUUGGUCUUAUGACUGGUGAUGUUACACUUAAUCCAUCAGCAUCAUGUCUUAUUAUGACAACAGAAAUUCUUCGAUCAAUGCUUUAUCGUGGUUCAGAAAUAACUCGUGAAGUAGCAUGGGUUAUAUUCGAUGAAAUACAUUAUCUUCGAGAUAAAGAACGUGGUGUUAUAUGGGAAGAAACAAUUAUUUUAUUACCAGAUAAUGUUCAUUAUGUAUUUUUAUCAGCUACUAUUCCAAAUGCAAAACAAUUUGCUGAAUGGAUUUCAUUUCUUCAUAAUCAAGUAAAAUUUUAA